UUGGAAAGUAGUUUUGUCAAUAACUCCUUGGACUCAACUUCAAGAUGCGUUUCCUGAUUCUUGCCGCUCUUUUGGCCUUCUUGGCUGUUGGCUUUGUGGCUGCCCGUCCAGAUAAGGAUUCCUCCGUCCAGGAGGACACCAAUGAUGAUUUCUACGGCAAUAAUGGUGAGGGAAACCCCGAUGCUGUCGAAGAAGGAUCUGCUGUUGAAGAAAGUCUGAAUUAUGGAAAUGAGGAUAACCAGGAUGAAGAAAAUAAGGAGGACAAUCAGGAGGAGUCAGAUAAUGAAUCAAACGGAUAUAAUAACAAUAAGGAAGAUGAUAAUACCGAAUCGGAUAAUAAUGACAAUUCAAAGGGCGAUCAGGAGAAGGAUGCUCCACCCAAGAAGCAGAUUUGACCAUUAACACCAAGACCCUGUUCCUUUAUCAAUAACAAGUCUUCAUAAAAUAUACCUAAUAUAUUAUAUACCUAAAUAUAUUAUAAAAAAUGCGUAUAAAUUAUACCACGGUAAGAAGUGUUAAAAUUUAAAAAAGUGUGUGUGGAUCUAUUAAAAGAACGCCACAAAGUAUAUAAUA